GUGCUUCCUGAGAAAGGAUGCCCCACUUAACACAAAGAACUUCGUACCAUAUGACGCUGCUAAGCUGCAUUGCUGUGAAAAGGCGGUGACGAUAAAUUGCAAGAAACUAUGUUUUGAGACGUACAACAUCGGAUGGCCGACCAAUGGACAGAAGUUUUAUAGCGACUGCCUCGUCGACCCGCAGGAGAUGAAACUCAUUGAAUGCAUUGAAGAAGUGGAGGCGCCUUGCUCGUUGGGGUGCGCAGGGCUAACGUACUGCAGCCAGCUCAACAACCGGCCCACCACGCUGUUCCGCGCUUGUUCCGCACAGGCAGACCUCAACGCACAUGUUGCCGUCGCCGAGAGGAAGGACAAAGGAUCUGUUCUUAUAUCAGGCCUCAAUUUACCGCUGAAGAAUUCCUCUCAGUGUCCGACGGAUCUUUGGAAGAGCGUUGCUUGUACACUGCAC